AUGUCCAUCAAGACCGGCGAGCCUUUGUCUAGCUCGAGCCAAGAGCUCUUACAGCUCGAGGAUCAGUAUUCCGUGGGAGGUUUCGCACCUACACCGGGCUUUAUUGUCUCUGGCAAGGGUUCCACGCUCAUUGAUGUUGAUGGCAAAGAAAUCAUCGACUUCGUCACCAUGUUCAGCGCAACCAAUAUAGGCCACGGCCAUCCUAAGCUUAUCGAGGCUGUUGUGGACACUAUGCGAAAAGGCACGUAUUUACAGUCACCAGCUAAGGAUCUAUGCCAGCGGUUUGGAUACGACAAAGUUACUGCCAUGGUCUCAGGUGCUGAAGCAGCUGACACUGCCUGCAAGAUCGCCAGGAAAUGGGGAAUUACCCACAAGGGAAUCUCCCCCGAGGACGUGCUCGUUCUCGGAACUUCAGACAAUUACCAUGGCCUGACAUCAGGCAUCUGGCCUAUUAUGAACCCCGGUAGCCAAGCAGGAUACGCCGCAUUCAACAAGACUGUCACCAACCGCCACCCUCGGACGGGAGAGUUGCUUCGCUACGGUCAUGUAGAAGAUUUUGAAGCCGUCUUGAGCGAGUUCCACGGCCGAGUGUGUGCCGUCAUUAUGGAGUGUAUCCAUGGAAAGCUACCGACUUUUGAGGAAGAGAUCCAGUUUGCCACUGGCGUCCGCAAGUUGUGCAAAAAGUACAACAUCCUCUUCAUCUCGGACGAAAUUCGGAUGGGCUGCGCAAAGACUGGAAAGUUCCUCUGCAGCGAUUGGAUGGGCCCCGAGAACAAGCCCGAUAUGAUCACCCUGGGCAAAUCUAUCACCGGAGGAGCCUUUCCAGCUUCCUACGUUCUUGGGAAUAACGAGGCCAUGUCACUUGUUCAUGCAUUCCAGACUGGUGGUACAUUCACCAUGGCCCCCGCAGCUAUUGCCGCCACGUCUGCAGCUCUGAAAAUUUACGACGAAGAAAAGUUGGCAGAGAAAGCUUUUGCCAUUGAGGCCAAGUGGAAGGAAACCACAUCUAAAUGGAACUACCCCUGGAUCAAGUUCGUCACUUCUCGUGGUGCUGAUAUGAGUAUUGCUACCGAGGCAAAGUAUGGAACUGUGACGCCUCGUCGCAUUGCCCGGCUUGCCUGGCAGAAGGGCCUGUUCAUCUACCCUACCAAGGCUGCCAUUCGUGUCCACAUGGCGCUUACCAUCAGUGAUGAGGAGCUGGAGAAAGGACUGAAGAUUUUGACCAAUGUCAUGGAUGAAAUUGAGUCGUACGGAGAAAUUCCUGGAUCCAUCCAUCCCUCGGAUGAAGAUAAGAACGGAGGUUACUAG